AUGAAGGUGUCUAGUGCAGGGAACGGUUGUAAGGCAGGCAUGUCAGACAUGACGUUAAAAACCAGAUCUCUGCAAGUCGCUAUGAAACUGAUGUCAGUCAAGAAAGGAACUUAUGAACUAUAUUUGAGUAAGUAUGGAGAACUGGAUAAUAAGAUAAUGAAUACUUAUCUUGAUGCUUCUAAAGAAGCUCUAUUGAAUGAUUUUGUGGCUAAUGAUAAGUAUACAACGCAUCCUUUCUUAUUCAUGAAUGAAAUGUAUGCAGAACUUUUAAUUCGAGGCAAAUUGACGCCUAGAAUUAUAGUUGAAGAAAUCUAUAAAAGAUAUGGCAUUCCUUUGAAGAAUGAGCUGCAGACUAAAGUCCUUCAAAGGCUGAGAGGUCGUUGUAAAAGAAUGCGCUUAACUUAUAAAUUUGAAGAUGGGAAAUUGUUUUUUACGAGUCCACAUAAUAAAAAGAAACUAAUUUGGUGCCCCCCAACGUUAUUACACUAUGUUAUAGCUUGUGUACAUGAAAAUUGGGAUUGUGAUGACUAUACCUUACGGAAACAUAGGGAUGAAAAUGAGAUCCAAUCAAUAUUAGCAGCAAAAUAUCAUAACAUUUCAAAAUUCUUAAUUCAUGAUGUCGUUGCGGCUUGUCCAGAUUGUAAACCAUUAAGCUCUAAAAAAUUUAAUAUAACACGUGUGAAUGUCUUACCUUUAACAAGAUAUUCAUUUCAAAGACUACAAGUCAAAAUCCUAAGUGCAGCAGACUAUUCAUGUGUCUGCCCUAAAGAUAAUUGCACUAAGAAUGCGAUUCUGUAUAUAGGAGACUAUCAUAGUGGGGCAGUUUGGUUAUUUGCUCUUGAUGGGGAAGAGGAUGCUACGGAUAUACUACUGGUAUUAGAAAUGUUCCUUAAUGUUGUUUUAAUUACACCAAAACAUAUACAAGUUGAUAAUCAAAAAAUCUUCAGAGAUGAAAAUAUUGCCAAGUUUUUAGCGGACAAUAAUAUUGAGGUUGUAUUUGAAUAUAGAUCCAAGUUUUUAGAGACGGUAGAGGAUACCAUUAAAGAAGUGAUUACGACGUGGAUUGGAGAGCACAAGGGUCAUAGUAUAAACCAGCGUCCUAACACCACUUCUACUGUUACUGAUGGAGCUAACAUUGAGGCCAACAACGCGCAACCAGCUACAUCGGAUAACUCAAGUUUAACUUCACAACAAACUUCGAAUAACAACAAUAUCAAUUAUGCUACGAAUAAUACUAAUAAUAAUGUGGGUAUGAAUACUAUUAAUAAUGUGGGUAUGAAUACUAAUAAUAAUGUAAAUGACAAUAAUAAUAAUAAUUCUAUGAUGAUGGAUAUGGGUGGCAAUACAAAUCAAUACAUGGGUAUGGGCUAUAAUCACAUGACUCUAGGCGUGCCUUCAAAUAUGGGUCUGAACAUGAACAUUGGUGCUAUGGGUAAUAUGAAUAUGAAUGUAGAUAAUAAUCCAUCUAACAUGAACAUGCUCUUAAAUCAAGACCAUCAUUCAGGGUAUCAACAACAACAAUUUCAACAAGGUUACCAACAGGCAUAUCAACAACAGCAAGAAUUUCAACAGCCGCCACAUCAUUCUCUAGCAUUACCGCAGCUAAGGCAACCGAUGCAACCGAUAUCCUCACAAGUAAUCGAACAACAACAAGAAGAAUCUCAGCCGGACGAACAGGCGCAAGACGCAGAACCUGUAUCGAACGAUACACCACCAUGGUGUUGUAAAUUAAGAGAAAUCUCCAUGAAGUUGAAUCUUGUUCCUGAUCCAAUUCUUAAAAAUACGCCAUUUGAUACAUUAUAUUCAUUACCAACGACUGCUGAAAAUCUUUUCGAUCCUAAGGAAGAUGCUGCCCCAGAACAGAUAGAUAUGAAAUAUUUGGAACCAUUUUUCGAAGGGUAUGAGGGUCCACCUCCUCCUUCUGUUCAUAGGAAAGAAUUAUGUCAGAAUGGUGAUGACGCGUUUGCUGAAUCACCUGGUGUUACGGAUGUUGAGGAUAGAACUGUUGUUGACGAUCCAACAGUCGAUGACAAUGACGAUGAAAGUGAUGAGGAAGGAAUAGAAACUGAAGACACUUGCAUUGAUCGCACAAUACCUAGUGAUGAGAAGAAACCGAAUAAAAUUAGUAAGAAGAAUCGUGUUGCUAAGAAGUUAAAUGUAGUUCAGAAUGGUUUACUUAAGAAAGUUUUUACGACUAAUAAUCAUACAGGUAAUACAACUACAUCUGGUAGCGCUAGUUCUAGUAACACAGUGCAACAGCCACCACGCAUUAAGGAGCUUGUACAUAAAAGUGCGGCAAAAGAUAUAGUUUUACCAUUAAGACAUGCUGGUACAUGA